CUGCCAACCUCUGGCCUCUUGGGGUCCCACUCCCCCGCUUCCUCUUUGGCUUUGGCCAAGCUAUAUGUCAUCGGGGGCAGAAGAGCAGAGAGAUCAAGUGGUUAAUGUACACACAGCUUUAAAUGUGGGAGGGCAAGUUGGCAAAGCUAAUGGAAUCCUAGGUCUUAUAAAUGGGAGCUUAGAAUAUAAAAGCAAAGGGGAAAUGUUAAACCAAAUCUUUAAGCCAUAAUUCUGAGUCAGAGUCAAAGACAGAGAGACACGGGGGAUUCACUCAGAUCGUACCAGAGAUGAGAGGUUUUACUUGUGGGGAAAGAUUGGAGAAAUUGGAGUUGUUUUCAUGAGUACAGAGAAGGUUGAAAAGAACCAGGCCAAGGUUUUAUACGACUUCACAGCAGAACCUGGAAAUAAUGAGCUUACUGUCAAAGAGGGAGAGCUCAUCACCAUUGUUAAUUGGGCAGUCGGUGAAGGGUGGUGUGAAGCAGCAAAUGGCCAGGGAACCACUGGACUUGUUCCAACCGACUAUGUGGAGAUCCUCUCAGAUGGCGGGGGAGUGAGCGCCGUGCCCUCCUGGUCGGGUGGAUCGUCGCAGAGCUCUGUCACUAACCUGGCAGCUUUCGAUCCCUUCUCGGCAGCCCCCGGCGGCGGCUCAGCGAACCGCCACAAUCAGCAGACAGACAGUGGCCAGAACGAUCAAUGGACUAACUGGAGCGAUUUAAACACUGGAGCUGCUGGGAAAGCCUGGAAUGCAGUGGACUGGCCAACGAACCCUGAGAGCUCACAAGCACAGAAAAAUAAUCCUCCAGUAACCUGGGACUCAUCAGCCUUCCAACACCCUCAGGCUUACCAAGGUCCAGGCGCCACCGAUGAGGACGAGUGGGACGAUGACUGGGACGAGCCUAGAAACUCAUCAAACAUUCUCCCUCGUCAGGAGUCGGAGUCCUCAGAGGGUGGGCUGGUCCGCGGAGCUCCCCGCAACAAUUCAGUGAAAAUGUCGCUCAACAGGUUUCCAACUUUUUCCAAACAUGGUCCAGAGGUUUAUCUGCUUUCAAAGCUGCUACCAAAAACUGGUGAACAGCUCACAAUCUAUAAAGGGCAGGUAGGUGCAGUCUGGAACUAUCCCAAUUCCUCUUUGAGCUGCGUGGUGGCUGACCCCAAGAAAGGGUCCAAGUUGUAUGGAUUGAAGAGUUACAUUGAAUAUCAAGUGACUCCAAAUAGCACUAACCGCUCAGUGAAUCACAGGUACAAGCAUUUUGACUGGUUGUAUGAGCGGCUGCUUGUUAAGUUUGGUUCCGCUAUUCCAAUCCCUUCACUUCCAGAUAAGCAGGUUACAGGAAGGUUCGAAGAGGAAUUCAUCAAGAUGCGGAUGGAGAGGCUGCAGGGCUGGAUGAACAGAAUGUGCCAUCAUCCUGUCGUUUCCACCAGUGAUCUCUUCCAGCUAUUCCUUACAUACCGGGAUGAAAAGGAGUGGAAAUUGGGAAAGAGGAAAGCAGAAAAGGACGAUGUGGUUGGCGUCAUGAUUUUUGGUACUGUCGAGCCCCCAGCGGAGGAUAUAGACUUGCUGGAAGCGGAACAGAAGGUUGAAUCCAUUAGUAAGUUUACCAAGUCAAUGGAUGAUGGGGUAAAGGAGCUGCUGAAUGUGGGACAAGAGCACUGGAAGAGGUGCACUGGAGCGCUGCCCAAGGAAUAUCAAAAGAUAGGAAAAGCACUGCAGAACCUCUCCCAAGUCUUUACCACCAGCGGCUACGAAGGUGAGGCUAUUUUGACCGACGCUUUGACUGAGGCAGGCAAGACCUAUGAAGAAAUCGCUAACCUCUUUGAGGAACAGCCCAAGAAAGACCUUCAUUACCUGAUGGAAACCAACCAGGAAUAUAAGGGCUUAUUGGGCUGUUUUCCCGAUAUCAUUGGAGUGCACAAGAGUGCUAUAGAGAAGGCUAAAGAAGGUGAUAAGUUGGUGGCUUUGAAUAAAAUUACUACCCAGGAAAAGUCCACGAUGGUGAAUCGUAUUGGCACGAUGUCCUAUGCAUUCCAAGCUGAAAUGAAUCACUUUCAUUCUAAUCGGAUUUACGACUUCAACACUGUUAUGCAUUACUACCUACAGCAGCAAGUUGAGUUUUAUGAUACGAUUGCAGCGAAGCUGAGACAAGCAUUGACCCAUUUCUCAACACAGCAGUAAGUAGAGCGAGUGCCACCGUCAAUCAGCCUUAAUGGACCACUUGGCGAGGGGAUCCCACGUCUGGCAGUGCCUGUGUAAGCGGGGGUGGGGUGGAGCGAAGACACCUCAAAUCAGCUUUUGUUCCAGAUGAAACUACCUGUUUGGACCAUAUUGGUUAUUUUUUGUAUACCUGCAUGAAUUCUGUGAAACUGUUUAACAAAAUUCCUCUCGAACCCAGCCUGAGCAUAAACCAAAUGAAGCUUGAUGCUUUUUUGUUUCUUGUAAAGCUAAUUUCUUUUUCAGUUCUCACCUCCUGCCGCCCCCCCCCCCGUCUCCCCCCCCGUAUGAUAUUCUUUUCAUCCCUUAUUUCCGUAGUCUGUACAUUGCACUUCCUGGCAGAGGUGCCAGGGAAGAAUAUUAAUCUGAAGAUUUAUUGGAAUGUGUCUCCGCAAUGAUCUACAGAUUCCCGUACGGAUUGCACGGUCUGAGAUUGUCUUCCGGGAAUAAGACGUCCCGCGCAUGCGGGAGAGUGGUCCAGACGAACCGGUAAUGUUAACGAGGCAUUGCUUUGCUCUGUCAAUGAUUGUAUAAUAAUGCUUUGUGGACAUUAUCGAUCCACAGCUUUGUUUGUGCACUUUUCUCUUUUUAUGGCCAUUUGUAUAAUUUCAUAUAAUACGUUACUUAAAUCAUCGAAUGCAAGGGGGAAAACCCCAAAAACAUUUCAAACCAAACCGUUAUCGCAAACAGUAAAGAGAAGGCCGUUUUGGAUAGGACUUUUGGGCAUUGUAAACUGUGCUGUGCAGGGGCACUCUUCAACAAGCACUCUGGCAGAGAGCAGACCUUCAAGGGAAGAGUCCUAGUGCUGUGCAAGGGGUAAAGCUGGAUGGUUAUCGGUUUUGGGACACUCCGAAUCUCAAAGCGAAGCAAAUCCUUCUUCGCAUUCCAGCGGAUUUCGUUGACUCUUAAUCUCACUCUACAUGGGAAAGGGAAGGGGCAACUUGGCUUCCCCGGUUGGGCUGCUUUAGAAGAUCUUGUGGGAUCUUGGAGAAACGACAAGUAAUAGUUACCAUGUGACUACUAUCGACAGUGACUCGGGUGAGAGCUCUCCCGUGUUUUUUCAAGCAGUAACCGCCAGGGGGAUUGUGUGUGCCAUCUCCUUGUUCUCUGUUGAUGCCACCAGAGAGAAUUGCCAUACAUCGUGCCAGGAAGGUUUCCAGACGAUUUUUUAGAAAGGGAAUCAGGUGAUGAAGAAGCCUCUAUUUUUAUCAGAAUCAAAUCCACAAGCUUUCAGGUUUCCCCUUUGGUUCCCAAAACGACCAGCACAAACCUGCUCUUAAACACCAGGCGGAGUGGGGGAGGGCGGAGAAGAAGGAAAUCUGAAACAAGAGUAUUUUCUUAAAAUCCUGUAUGAUAUUUAAAGAAAUAUGCAAAACUUUCUGUCUGUCCAGGUACGUAUUUGUAUGUUACAACUUUCAGGGCUACAGGAGCACCUUUGCACCUCAAUGAGAUUCUAAUUUUGUAUAAAAUAUUUCUGGAAUAUAAACUAAUAAAUAUUAUGUGCCUCGGAUAAUUUUCUUUUUUUUGGAUUGUUUUCGAAAUUUGACUGUAUUUGAGAAGAAAUUUGAAAUUUAGAUGGAAAAUGAGGGGGCGGGUUGGGUGAAUGGUGGGAGACAAGAACUCGUUGAGAGACUUAAAAAAUACAGUCUGGUUACAUAGUUUGGUGAAGGAUACGGGCUGGGUAGACUUUUUUUAUCAAUAACUGUCCUGGGCUAGAGCUCAGAAACACAAAAUUGCACUAAAAUUAAAGUAUUGAAAUGAAUGAAA